GCCGAUCGUUCGGGAUUCGUGGGCUUUCAUGUUCUCAGUGUGGUUAUUUUAUACUCGCGCGAUUGCGUGUCAGAUGAUAUUUUCAACCGCGAGUUCUCGUGAUCUUCUCACGGGCAUAUUCUCGGCAGAACACGCGUCUCUCGCGUUCGUCUGCUUACCGCAGAUGGGCUAGAACAGCGAGAAAGAAAAGCACGCGAUGGGAGAGUUGAAAGAUCGAACGGCAGUCAGCAUCUUUCAAGAUUGGAGUAACAGAGGAAGCGGGCAGCCCUUAGUGGAUUCAAGCAUUUAAAUCUGAAGAUUUUCGAAGUGAUUUAGGAAAUCGACGCGGGUACUUGAGAAUUUACCGAGGAAAAUAUAUCUUAAAGCUUAUUGUUAAUGUUUAGUGACAGUGAAUAUAAUUUCAUUAUUGGAGCGAAAGCUAACUUUAACUUUUAAUUAUAAUCGGUUAAAGAUUAUAUGUGGAUUCAGUGAUAAAAGCGGUCUGGACGGUUCUACAAAACGGCAUUCCUUGCGUCGGCAAAAAGUCUCAAGGACGGAAAGCGAAAGUGUACGGUUCCACCUAAGCAUCUACUACAUUUUGGCAUCGACGACGUUUCAGCAGAAACGCGUGCUCCGACGCACAAGAACGCAUUGUCCAUCUUCUUCGUUUCGCAAAACUUAUCCAGUACAAGCAGCUCCGCGCGAGUUGGUCCAGCAAAAUAUGACUCAGUGAUAACUAUAUCAUAUUACUGUACGACUGUUCUUUGAUAACAGUGGCCACAUCAAAUAAAUCGUGAGAGUGCGAUGGUGUUAAUUGGAGGAAAAUCUCUUUUUGGGAAGUUCUAUUAAAUAGAAGAUUUUGUUAAAAAAAAAAAAAAAAAUGGUAGUAGCAGAGCGAAGAUCGAUCAUGGUUCUUCGUAUCGCUUAUUGGUCCAUUUUUUCGCUUGUCACAACUUUCGUAAAUAGUUACGAAUACGUCAAUGCUGCUAACAAGUGGUCACUAUGUAUAGUCGAUAGUAUACAUACUACGCAAAGAAUUCUUUCACUCUGCCCGAAAUUAGCUAAGAGUCCGAUAGAAUGUGUCAUAGAAACUGAUAGAUUCGGCUGUUUACGUCGAGUAGCCAAUGGUGAUGUCGACAUCACUGUGUUGGAGCCAGAAGAACUUGUAGCGAUAAGAAACUACAAAUUAUACAGUGUACUAGUCACGAAUGAAUUAAGACUCUUCCCAGAUGAUGAUCAUCGUUUUGAGAUAGUAGCCAUAGCGCACAAAAAUGUGCAACGCAUAUGGGAUGUCAAGGGCAAGCGAUUGUGUCAUCCCGGUUUAGAUACAAUUGACGAUUGGACUAAAAUUUUCUCGAUGUACUUUGAGAACCUGAUAAUCAAUAAAGAAUGCGACGCAAACAUGACGCUGUUCGAGAACAGAGUGCAUGCUCUGUCCAACUAUUUCGAAAUGGCUUGCAUCGCUGGCCCUUGGUCGGCAGACACAAUAUUUGAUUAUCAAUUGAAAUCAAAAUAUAGGAAUCUUUGCGCCGCUUGUGAGAAACCAGCUAGCUGUUACAACACCGAUAAAUAUUAUGGACGAGAGGGUGCCUUGUUGUGCCUCACCGAUGGGAUGGGCGACGUUGCCUGGGUCAGAUUGGGAGACGCUCGCGUACACUUCAAGGCACAAAUGAUCAAUGUGCAAGAUUACAAGUUUCUAUGCCCGGACGGCACCACGAGACCAUUAAAUUUUGAGAAACCCUGCAUCUGGAUAUCUAAACCAUGGCCGGUCGUUGUAGCUAGACCAUCGAAUGCCGAGAAUAUCGCCCAUAUGAUGAAUUCGAUGAUGAACAGGACGUUCAGUUGGCAAUCAAACGUCUUGCAGCUAAUAGAGAGCUAUUAUAUUACCUCUACUGACGUGAAAGACUUGCAAACGCCCGACGAUUACUUACAUAGAUAUCCAAACUUCUUGAGCGCUAAUGUUCGAACGGGUUGUCUACCAUCAAGAGACAUACGUUGGUGUCUGGUAUCUAAUCUCGAAAAACGUAAGUGCAGCUGGCUACGAGACGCUUCUAUCGUUUACGGCGUCGAACCGUUGAUUUCCUGCCUUCAAGAAACUAGCAGAGAAGCAUGCGUGGAUGCUAUACGGAAAGGAAAAACGGACAUUUUCUUAGCGCGGCCCGAAGAGCUUCUUGAAAACAAAAUGAUGGGUUUGAAGCCUAUUAUCCACGCGAUGGCGAACAGCCGACAAGAAUUGAAUAGGAUCGCCGCAGUUGUCAAGAGGAAUUCCAGAUUCAGAGUUCUGAAGGAUCUUAAAGGUGCCAAGGCGGCCUUCACGGGCUACAGAAGCGUUGGUUGGAACGCUUUUGUAACGUUAAUGAGGAACGAAUCGAACGGAAAUUGGGACUGCUCGGACGCGCAGGCUAUUUCAAAAUUCUUCAAAGAUAGCUGUGUCCUCGGUUGGAACAAUAAAAAUAAUGGCAACGAGCUUCCGGCUAAUUUACAUUCAUUAUGCAAGGAAGGUGCGGAACAUGCGGGUGACGAUCUAAGUACUUUUAAUUACUUGGCUUCAGGUAUCGUCGACGUUGCCUUCGUCAAUCUAAAGGUUAUAGAAAACAAAACGGAAGCCGGUGAAUUUUAUUACGAGAGAAUUGAUAAUAAAAGUAUAAAUCGUUUGCCUAAGUACAGAGUAUUAGGCCCGACCUUGGCGGAAGCUAUAAAAAGAGUUCCGUAUUUGCUCGCUUGGACGUCUCUCGGAUCGAUAAUGGCAUACGAGAAUAUCACGGAUCUGAGACGCCAAGAAAUUUAUACGAUGCUGCUUGAAAUGGAUAAGAUAUUCGGAAGAAAAUUUAACGGACAGGCACCCACAUUCUUAUUAUACGGACCUUACGAAGAUAAUCAUGGUGUUAUCUUUCCUGAUGGCACACGCUACUUACAGUUAUACGGUCAUCAGACAUUAAAGGGUCGCAAUUACGAUCAAAUUGUAGAAGAGUUUAUAAAGCAAGAAAUUUGCAGUGCCGCUAGUACAUGUAUUUCUCGUUCAGAGAUUCUUUUUCUAUACAUGAUUAUAAUGAUUGUUCUAAUCCGAUUAUUAUCGAACUGCUGACGAUGGAUAGACGGAUUAUGCUCUCUAUACAAUACUAUAUAAAUAGGGUAGUUCAUUAUUGGUGACGUAAUAUAAUUUUCACAUGAAAAGAUAAAUUAUU